AUGGAACAAAUUGAAUUGAAUAAUGAUGGAUUAAGAAAUACAAAAUGUAAGUUAGAUGGUAAUCCUAAGACAGAUUGGCUCCGUAAUAAAAAUGGUUUGCUUUUAAAAACAUAUGGGUGGAUUGUUAAAAAUGCUAUAGGAAUUGUAUUGUUAAUACAUGGAUUAAAAUCUCAUGCUCGAUUAACUUAUAUGAAAAUUAAUUUAAAAAUGACAAAUAAAAAUAAAAGCUUAGUAGUUGACAGUAAUAAUUACUAUAUUUAUAAAGAUAGUUGGAUUGAAAAUUUUAAUAAAAAGGGUUAUUCAGUAUAUGCACUAGAUUUGCAAGGACAUGGUGAAUCACAAGCAUGGGGAAAUAUAAAAGGCAAUUUUAGUUCUUUUGAUGAUUUAGUUGAUGAUGUAAUACAAUAUAUGAAUAAAAUUCAUGAUGAAAUCUCAAAUGAUAAUCAAACGGAUGAUGAAUCUACCCAUAUAGUAACAACUAAAAAAAAAAGACUUCCUAUGUAUAUUAUUGGGCAUUCGUUGGGAGGAGGUAUUGCUUUAAGAAUAUUACAAUUAUUAAAGAAAGAACAAAAAGAUAAAAUUAAUUCUGAAGAUGCAAAUGACAAUAAUAUGAUAGAAGAUAUUAUUAAUGAUAUGGAUAACUCUAAUGAUCAUGCUAUAGGAAAUAUGAAUAAUACACAUUUAAUUACCAAUUCUAAUGAUUAUGAUUCCGAUAAGUCCUGUGCUAGUACCUCUUCUACGACAAAUGCUAUUGAUGGUCCUAGUGAUAAAGAUGAAGGAUGCUAUAAUUAUUUAGAUAAAUUCAAUAUUAAAGGUUGCGUAACUUUAUCUGGUAUGAUGAGAUUUAAAACAAUAUUUGAUUUUGGAAACAAUUUAAUUGAGCGUUUUUAUUUACCUGCAGUAGACAUCAUGUCUCGUGUAGCGCCUCAUGUACUAAUUUCGUCAGAAAUAGGUUAUAAAAGAUCCAAAUAUGUUGAUAAUAUAUGUAAACAUGAUAAAUUUCGAAAUAAUAGUGGAAUAAAAUUCAAAUGUAUGUAUGAAGUUAUAAAAGCAUCGAUCACAUUGAAUUAUAAUAUUAAUUAUAUGCCAACGAAUGUCCCCUUAUUAUUUGUGCAUUCAAAAGAUGAUAGUAUUUGUCAUUAUCAAGGGGUAAUUUCAUUUCAUAAUCAAGCAAAUGUUAGUAAAAAAAAAUUGCAUAUUGUUAAUGGUAUGAAUCAUGCUAUAACGGUAGAACAAGGAAAUGAGCAAAUUUUAAAAAAAAUUCUUGAAUGGAUUUCUAAUUUAAAAAGGGAUGAUGAAAUAGAAGAUGAAAUAAAUGAAAUAAAUGCUGAAAUAGAAGGUGAAAUAGAAGGUGAAAUAGAAGAUGAAAUAGAAGAUGAAACAAAAAAUGAAAUAUAA